AUGCUCUUUUUCAUCAUGCGCUUCUGGCCCAUGCCCGGCGGCCGCUCGCCGCUGGGCCAGGUCGCCUUCAGCGAGUUUGUGAAGCAGGUGCAGAAGAACGAGGUGCAGCGGGUGGUCAUCGACUCCGCCGCCCACGCCUUCACCUUCACCCUGCGCCCCUCCUCGGCCCUCUACAAGAUGAUCCCCGAGUCUCUGGACCGCAACCACCUCACUUUCCAGACCAUCCGCCCCUCCGACUACCCCACACCCUACGAGUCCAUGCUCAAGCACAACAUCCAGUUUUCUGCCAUGGACAAGAAGGCGGGGCGCCUGUCCACCUUCAUGACCUACGCCGUGUCUGCGAUGAUUGUGAUUGCGGUGCUCAACCGCCUGCCCAUCAAGCUGCUGCCGCAGCGGGGCGCGGGGCGGCGCCACGCCACGGUGCAGACGCAGAGCCCCGUGAUGUUUGAUGACGUGGCGGGGGUGGACGAGGCCAAGGAGGAGCUCAAGGAGAUUGUGGACUUCCUCAAGUUCCCCGACAAGUUCACCCGCUUGGGCGCCCGCCCGCCCUCAGGCGUGCUGCUGGUGGGCCCUCCCGGCACCGGCAAGACGCUGCUGGCGCGCGCGGUGGCAGGCGAGGCAGACGUCCCUUUCUUCUCCAUCGCCGCCUCGGAGUUUGUGGAGCUGUACGUGGGCAUGGGCGCCAUGCGCGUGCGGGAGCUGUUUGCCACGGCGCGCAAGGAGGCGCCGGCCAUUGUGUUCAUCGACGAGAUAGAUGCCGUGGCCAAGGGGCGCGACUCGCGGCUGCGCAGCGUGGGCAACGACGAGCGGGAGCAAACGCUCAACCAGCUGCUGACGGAGCUGGACGGCUUUGACACCCACAGGGACAACCUGGUCAUCUGCAUCGCCGCCACCAACCGGCCCGACGUGCUGGACGCCGCGCUGCUGCGCCCGGGCCGCUUCGACCGCCGCGUCAGCGUGGAGCGGCCCGACAAGCAGGGGCGGGAGGAGAUCCUGCGGGUGCACAUCAACCAGCGGGGCCUGCCCCUGGGGGAGGAUGUGCGCGUGGAUCAGCUGGCGGCGCAGACCACCGGCUUCACCGGCGCCGACCUGGCCAACCUGGUGAACGAGGCGGCGCUCCUGGCGGGGCGCGGCAACAAGGGCCUGGUCACCAACGCCGACUUUGACAACGCCGUGCUGCGGGCGGUGGCGGGCAUCGAGAAGAAGCGCAGCAUUCUGCAGGGCGUGGAGAAGACUGUGGUGGCGCGGCACGAGGUGGGGCACGCCCUGGUCUCGACAGCGGUUGCGGCGGUUCUGCCGGGCAGCCAGGGCCUGGUGGAGAAGCUGAGCAUCAUCCCUCGCUCCGGCGGCGCGCUGGGCUUCACCUACAUACCUCCCAAGACGGAGGACAGGGCGCUGAUGUUUGACUCCGAGAUCCGCGGCCAGCUGGCAAUGCUGAUGGGCGGCCGCGCAGCCGAGGAGUUGACAUGCGACGCCGUCAGCACCGGGGCUGUGGACGACAUCCGCAGGGCAACCGAGCUGGCCUACAAGGCCGUCUCGGAGUAUGGCCUCAGCGCCGCCAUCGGCCCGCUGUCUGUGAGCACCCUGAUCUCAGGAGGGGACGACUACUCCCUGCUCAAGGACAGCGGCAGCGACAUGGCCAGGACUGUGGAGGCGGAGGUGAAGCUGCUGUGUGAGGGUGCGCUGAUGGUGGCCCGCGACGUGGUGUCUUCCAACCACCGCCUCCACGACAGCCUGUCGACAGAGCUGCAUCAGGAGGAGCGGGUGGAGGGCUCGGCGCUGCAGGAGUGGCUGGGCGACGUGGCUGUUCCGCAGUCCCUCAAAGACUUUGUCUUGCUUGGCAAGACGCCCGCCGCCGCCAGGGAAAAGGCCGCCGCAGCGAUGAGAGCCAAGCAGGCCGCCCGCACCAACAGCCGGCCAGCGGCGGCCCAUUGCCGCUGCUGUGCUGGCUUGGCAGGCUGGGCUUGGUCGCGUCCUCUCCUCAGUUUCUGCCCUGACGGUCUCAUGUCUGAGAGCCCGAGAAAUAAUACAGAAUGCGCUGCCAGCAGCAGCAGCGGACGGCGGGGCGGCGGCAGCAAUACAUAG